UAGCGCUGGAUAUCCUAAUCUUUGGCCUUCCUCUUCCUGCAAAGAGCCACUUGAUGUAUCAAAGAGUUCAACUUUUGAUGUGGUUUCUGGAAUUUUGACAGAUAUGAGAAAGAUUUUUCCCUUUGAGCUAUUCCACUUGGGCGGUGAUGAAGUUAAUACAACUUGUUGGAGCUCCACUCGACAUGUGAAGCAAUGGCUUCAGCAACACAACAUGACUACUAAAGACGCAUAUCAGUAUUUUGUCCUCAAAGCACAAGAAAUAGCAAUUUCAAAAAAUUGGACCCCGGUAAACUGGGAAGAAACCUUCGACACCUUCCCAACAAAGCUAAAUCCAAGGACUGUAGUGCAUAACUGGUUGGGCCCAGGGGUUUGUCCGAAGGCUGUUGCCAAAGGUUUCAGAUGUAUUUUCAGCAAUCAAGGUGUUUGGUAUCUUGACCAUCUACAUGUCCCUUGGGAAGAUACUUAUAAUGCUGAACCACUUGAAGGAAUUAACAAUGUUUCUCAGCAAAAGCUUGUUCUUGGAGGAGAAGUAUGCAUGUGGGGUGAGACAGCUGAUACAUCAGAUGUUCAGCAAACUAUUUGGCCUCGAGCUGCUGCUGCUGCAGAGCGUUUGUGGAGCAGGAGGGAGGCAACAUCUGCGCGAAAUGGUAAUUUCACUGCACUGCCUCGGCUACAAUACUUCAGAUGCCUCUUGAAUAGACGUGGAGUUCAAGCUGCUCCAGUGACCAACAUGAUUGCUCGAAGUCCUCCAAUUUGGUCCGGGUCAUGCUAUGACCAAUAAUACUUCGAUUAUCAUAUUAGGUGAUUUCAUUAGUCUUAAACUUCCCUUCCAAUGCUCUACAGAUAAAUGCAAGCGUUCUAGAGAUUUAGCAUUUCUGUUGUUCAAACAUGCAUGCCUAUUUAUGAUAGCUAUUAUUGUCAGAA